UGUUGGGUUGAAGCACCGGUCGAGCGCAGUUGGUUACUGUAUCAGUGCAUGAAAAACAGAAGGGGUCUACCCUUUAUGAAAGAUGGAACAUGAAGUCUGGUUUAGAAUGAGCUAGAACGUCUGCAACACCGCGUAGAGGAAACACCACGAGUGCGACGAAGAGGGGCUUGCGCGCUUUGGCACAGGAGGGAAGCUCCAAAACGCUUGUUAAGGGGAAAAAAAAAAGCUCGGCACAUUUAAACUCAGAGCAUGUUACCUUGGACUAUUUUCUAUAAAUUAAAUUCAUAGUUUUCAACUUUGGAUCAAGACAAAGGGGUGGGAAGUGCCCGUAUCGUGCUUUUUUGGCUCCCUCAAACCGUGUCAAUGCUGGAAUGGCUUGUUGCUCUGUGCAUUACGAUCCUGGUGGUACUAAUCUGGCCAGGCUCCGAAUAUUUUGGCAGCGAGAGCAAGACGGAUGCUUUGCUUCAAGGACUGGAGAUGUCUCAGCAGACAGUGAAGGAUAAGACCGGGAGGCGCUUGUCAGACCGAGAUGAGAGCGACGGAACCGGCGAGAAAUCGCGCGCCGUGGCAUUAAUCUGCAAACCAUCGGCUUUGGCGAACUACCUCCUGAAACACUGCAGGACUUUCAGUCAUUUCACGCCGUGUCUCGGGUGGACGUGGCGGGCCAGCGCCUUCCUGCAGAGUGUGUAUGAGGCGUGCUGGCCGUACGACAGCCCGGUCCAGUUCGUGCGGGACAACCUGCAGCUGAGCGACGACGGGCUGGUGGCCCUGGACUGGGCUGUGCCAUCGUACCAGAAGCGACGCAGGACGUCCAGUCACUCCACUAGUCCAGUCUUGCUCAUCAUCCCCAACUCUUUUGGGAGGAUCACCAGAAAUGUCCUGAAGUUGUGUGAGACAGCGCUCUCCCAUGGCUACCUGCCGGCAGUUUUUAACCGCCGCAGCCACAACAGCACCCCGCUCACCACCGUCAAGCUGCAGCAGUUUGGUGACCCUACAGAUCUGCGUGAGGCUGUGCGUUACAUCCGCUACAGACAGCCUGCAGGAAGACUAUACGCAGUGAGCGAAAGCACCGGGUCUGGCCUCCUCCUGUCCUACCUGGGAGAGUGUGGGUCAUCCAGCUACAUCACUGCGGCCGUCUGUCUGUCGCCCGUGUUCCGCUGUCAGAGCUGGUUUGAGAGUGGGUUGUACUGGCCACUGCAGUGGGUGCUAGUGCUCUACCAGAAGAUAUGUCUCAGCAGGUACAAGACAGUGCUGGGUGAGACCAUACAGACAGAUACCCUGUUUUCCAGCUGUUCCUUGCGUAGCUUAGAGGAGUCACUGUUCUGUCAGACAGCACAUUCAGCCUUUCCAACAGGAGCACCAUCAGGGAGCAGCAGCAUCUCUUCAGGUGCCUGGGACACUUACUGGGAACGUAACGAGCCCUUAAGAGACGUGGAUGAAGUAGCUAUCCCAGUUUUGAGCGUGUGCGCUCAGGAUGACCCCAUCCGUGGUGAUACCCAAUCCACAAUCCCCUUGGAACUCUUUGAGACGAACCCACAUUUUUUCCUCCUCCUGACUGAACGUGGUGGCCACUGUAGUUUCUCCACCCAGCCAGGGGAAAGUGCAGUGGGUGUUGUUGGUUGUGCGGCGGUGCCCAACAGUGUGACGGAGAACCGUGGUACCAAUUGGAGCCACAAAGCUCUGCUGGAAUUCUUCAGAGCCACUACGGACUUCUUUGCAGCGGAGGAGAGAGCAAAGCAGCUUGCGGCAAGGAGGAGAGGGCUGGGGGGAGGGGCAGGAGGGAGGGUUUUCCGCCACCGCAGUGUCAGUACGUGUAAACGGAUGCCAGCGUGUUCUCAUAAUAUCCAUGCCAUUUACAACUGGCAAAGAUCUUACACACGAUGAAGGCGGAUAUAGACUAUGAUACUUAAGGCUUCUGUCUAGAAUAUAUAUGUGAAGAAUUCAGGUUGUUUUGUACAUAUUUGACACUCUGCUUUCUAAGUAUUUAACAAGAUCGGAAGUGCUGAAGUAAGGUCACUGAGUCAACUUAAGUUAAAAAUAACUGCUUGGUGUCCUCUCACAGUUAAUGUGAUGCAUAAGACACAAUGGCUGUAAAAAUAAAAAAAAGCAUGACAGACCGGUAGCUCACAUGCAGCAUUUAUGUGGAACUGUUAAACAGCUGACACUAAAACCCCAAAAUGGGUUACUUUUUCUAUAGACUGAUACAAGUCUCUUCACUGUCAGCCCCUUAAACUGAAGGAUUCUGUCAACACACACUUACAUCUGCCUCACGUUACACACUUUGCUGUAUUUGCAACCAUGACUGGCCUAGGGCUGUUGCAAUACCAGAUUUUAAACUUCAGUACAAUAGUAGCAAAAAAAACAAAACAUACUAAUACCUGCAUCUGUCCCAUAGUGACGAAAACAUGCCUUUGGUCCCCACUAUUAUAUAAUUCUAUGUUUUGAAUUGCCACAAAAUUACAGACAAACUCCUGCAUACUGCACAAAGACAUCUGCAACGUUUUGAUACACAAAGUAAUGUUAUGCACACAGAGGUCAUGAUUUGUCUUUGUUGACAAACCAGCUCCCAUAAACUAUAUUUUAAUUAUUUAUUUGUGUAAGCAAAUUUGUGUAAACAAAUACCUGCAUAAAAGUAGACAGGCUGCUUCAUGCAUCUGUUGCAUACAAUACAUUUUACAUUCAUUCUGGAAACCACCCAUGCAAAGCAUUCGGGAAGGGCAGGACUUUUGAAAAACAUUCUCAGAGGAUGAUUGGACGAAAUUCUGUCUGUCACAUUCAUCAUGGGCCAGUCAGAGCGACAAGAGAAAAUGAGGUGGUAGACAUGCUCAGCUCCAGUAGUAAGGUGAGCUCUGCAAGCAGGGCGUUGUCACAGGUUACAGAUGGCGAAGCUUGUUGUUGGUUUAAACUCAGGCCUGUCGGGAGAUGUGCAAAAACUUCUUCUCUGCCAAGAAUAGUCUCUGAAGCAGUUCGGGAGGGGAGUGAAAGUAUCUUUAUUGUCAUGAAAAGCUUUCAGUGAUGUUCUUUUCUGCCAUUAUACUAUAGCUACAUCUGAGCUAAAACUGCAACAUUUAGCACCAUUACCAUCGGCCUCCAGUACAUCUAAACCCCAGCUGUAGCUACCACCUCAUUCUCCUUCAAAUGACGCUGAUUGGCCAGAUCUGUUUUCAGGCCUGGCACAAUCUUUUCAGACUGGAGCUGGAUGGAUUUGCCUGAUGACAGACAUGGAAUCUGGCCAACCCAUCUGCUUUGCAAGGUUAGCAUAAAAGUGAAGCUAACAGUCUAUUAUAGUCCAAACAUUUAAACUGGAGCCAUGUAAACCCCGUUCAAAAAACAUGCAUGUUAAUUUUUUUUUUCUCCUCUAAAGGACAGACCUGACAAAGCUUGAAUUUGUACUUGGGUCAUCAUCAUCAAUGCAUUAUUAAACAAGGUCCAUAAUUGAGGUUAAGCCACUGAAACAUCUCCUUGCAGCCACUGAUGCCAAAUAAGUUCACUAAUGCUCCUUAAUGUCAGUUUCAGUUUUAGAAUCCUAGACUACAAUCCAGAAAUCAUCUGCACUUUGUGUUAUCAAACAUUUACUUUUUUACUGUUCCCUUAAUUUCCUUUUCAAUCCAUAACAAGUUCUUUUUUCUGUUGUUAACGUCAUGCUCUAAUUUCGAUCUGGACUUCCUUGUUUUCUUUCAGAAUAAAAGAGGUCUGUAUCCAAACAGGAAGUCAAUGGCCCUUUAUUCAAAACAGUAUGAAAAUCCAAAAGCAAACAAGAACAGCUGGAGGCAAAUUUAAAAAUGCAAACAAAGAGUAGAUUAGUCAGAAUUAACAACAGAAAUCGAAGUUUUAAUUGUUAAACGACUUACAGCCCUUCUUUUGUCUAUACAAAGCUGCAUCCUGGUGUUUCUUGGGCAACCUUUAUUACCUUUAUGUGUGACAAAACAAAGUUCAAAUUAGUUUUUUUUUUCAGGCUCAUAGCACUGAAGUGAAUACAAGUGGUACCUUACAUACAGUCUACUUGGACCCAUUAGAAGAAAAGAGCUUUUAGGGGGAAACCCCACGGAAAAGGAAGGUUUUCCUUUAAAGUUCUUCAUCACUAACUGCUGGGUUCAAAGAAAAAUGCACCUCCAUUCCCAAAUACAGUGUAAGGUAUCUAUCAGAUGAUGACAGACGAUGAUUGUUGAUGGGCUUUGAGAUGGUACUGAAAGGUAAGAUACCAGAGACUUUCCCAACACACACCCUAUGUUUUUGUGCAAUGUAAACAGAAAGCAGGAGGUUUUUUUUAAUUCGUCCUCCUCCCAUGCACCUGUGUUAUGAAAUUGAUGUAAUUUUAAACGUUUUGGUAUUUUCCCUACUAAAGAUCGUUCAAAUAACAGAUAUUGUAUCAUUUUAAAACUCAAAGUAAAAGAGUAUUAAAGAGUCUGGCAACCUUAGACUAUGCAUUGUUGUUUGAAACACUUUUGAGCUUGACACUUACUGUUAUGCGUCAUGGUUAUUCUUAUUCUGACAAAUUGUAUGCAAAUGUGUUGAAAGCAUUGUGUUCAAAGCAGAAAGAAGAAUAAAUCUGGGCAGACAAACUGAAGUAAAUUUGGGCUAGAUGUCAAGCAGGAUUAUUAAACUUCAUUAUGCUGUUGUACACUGAGUUUACUGUGUUGAAUGUUCGUCACUGUUUUUGACCUGUGAUGACCGAGUCCAUUUAUAGAGAGUCUGCAUAAUGAGGUUAUGUUUUAAUGAGCUGGGUGGCUAAAAGCUUUCUUUUUCCUAUCUCAUCAGAUGGCUGCUUUGGCACUGAGAUAAAGUGUUUGAAACGCAGUAUAAAGAAAUUCUUUGGGCCUUUGGAAAUGCUGGUACAAAGUUUUCAUUCCUCGGCAUGGGUUAAUAAACUUUAUCAAUUAAA